AGCUCUGGAUUCUGUCUGUCAAAGCCUACUGUCACAGCAGCAGCACUAAGCCAGUUUGGAGGUACGAGUUUAAAUGGUAUUUCUAACUGCUAAAUGUUUUCUUCUUGCCAAAAGUGUCUGUGUUGACAAGCACCAGCCCUGAGCUUCCAAUGAGGCAGAGAUGACUGAAGCAGAUCUGUGUCUGAUCGGAUAACAACAAACCAGGACAUGACUCUGCCAGGAGCUGAGUGUUUUGGGAAGAACAAUGAAGUUACCCUGAUUCAUGUGCCAAAAUUAGCAAAAAAAGUUUGAUUUAUGAACUCUUGUCUAUGCAGCCUUCCUGGAAAACAGGAGUCCCAUUUUAAAAUGGGUGUGGCUGCCUGUGGAUUUCAUCCAAAGCAAAAGCUGGACUGUGUGUCCCACGACAGAGAGAUAAUCCAGAAGUGACUGGCUGCAAAACUGUGCGGUGUGCUCUGGGGUGACCCUGCUUGGACAGGAGGGAAGGAGACCCACAGAGCUCCCAUGGAAUGAUGCAGAAUGCCACUGACACCAAAACCAGUCCGGGGAGAGGCAGGAGCUGCAGCAACUCUGCCAUAAGAAUCAUAGAAUAUCCUGAGUUGGAAGGAAUCUACAUGAAUCAUCAAAGUCCAUCUCCUGGCCCUGCAGAAGACAACCCCAAGAGUCACAUCACGUGCCUGGAAAUGUGGUUCACAUGGAUGAAAUUGAAUUUUUUCUGUUUGUCAGCUCUGAGCAAUACUGGCUUAAACUGAAAGUGGGAGAAGGGAAUAAGAAUCUCCUUUCUAAUAGUGAAAAUAUUAAUACUUCAGUAGGAAGAAGGAAACCUUAAUUUGGAAAGGAAAAAACCCCAAGAGGAAUGUGUGCUGUUACCCUGGGAGCUGCUCUGAAGCAUUACAGUUCUGCAAUAUGUGAAACACCUGUUGUUAUAAGUAUUGAUACUGAUGAAAUAACAAGGCUCUGCAGCAUAGAAACCUGUGUCAAUAGGUGUGUGAAUUCAAAGGUGGGAGGGGAGCUGACGUAAGAAAGUGCUGGCACCUAUGGCAGCCAGAAAAGGAGCUUGGUACCUCUGAUAUACAGAAUGAAAGCUGAGAUAUCAGAGUAUCAGCACUAUGAACUUGGCACAUUUUAAGAUGGCUUGUAGUGUGUGAAACAAACUGAAUGGCUUGGAGGCAUGGGAAUUUGAUUCCCUAACUGUUUGAAAUUCAAAGAUGAUUAUUGCAAGUUUAGAUUAUAGAAAUCUUCCAGACUCUUUUAGGUUUAUAGCAGUAGUUUCUUGACAAGCCACUGAGGAAGAUGUAAUGCCUGCCACAUGCUUAUCUUUGGAGACAUCUCUCUAACCCUUUUGGACAGCCCCCGAGAGAAAAAUCCUGUCACAAUGUGAAGAAGGGGAGGAGAUGGGCUAUCAGAACAUGACCGACAGCAUCACUGUAAGCAGACCAGCCUUCUAGGGAUGGAGACAACAACAACAACAACUUUGCCUGAAACUACCACAGCGAUACCUGAAGCAACUUGUGAUAUUAUUGAAGACACAAAAGAUUGUAAGAACAACUCUGAAAUGGCUGAAGUUAUACUGAAAAAUCUCCCAGAAGACAGAGAAUAUUUUAUUUUGGGGGAUGGCAUAAACAAAACUGUGAGUUCCAGCAACCGUUCAGUGGAGCUUCCGAAAUGCCAGAUAUACACUGUUCAAGUUAAAAAUGGCAAGUGUUCAGACAGUAGUGCUUCUUCUUUUCGUGUUCCAAAAGUCAUCAGUGGAACUCUUGCAGCCGAUUACAUAACCAACACAUCUGCCGAGUUAUGUUGGAAGAGGUCACUUACCUGUGCUAAUGUGGCUGUUACCUGCAAUGAUUCAUGGUCUACACACUUAAGACAUGAAAAUCAAUUUUGUGGAAUCCUGGAACAUUUAUCACCAAAUCGUCAGUACCACUGCACUGGAUCCAUAUAUUUUAAUGAAAAGAAUGUUGACAACCAAAACAUCACCGUGCAUACAGACUAUGGUGUUCCAGAUGCACCACAAAACCUUACGGUACCACAUACAAAUACCACAUGUGUAACAGUUACAUGGACAAAACCUGAGGACACUUCGAAAGGUCACAUACAUGGCUACAUUGUGAAAUUCUCUGUGAACGGCAGAAUUGAUCAUCACACAACAGUCAGCACAACUCACUAUACUUACAAUGGAUUUGAGCCUUAUACCACAGCUUCUGUAAAUGUGUCUGCGUAUACAAAGAACAGUCGCAAUGAGACACUUGAAAGCAGGAGUGAAAUGCGUGAAUUUAGAACAAAAGCUGGAGUACCAGAAAAAGUGCGUAAGGUUAAAACAACAUUGACAGCUGAUAAUGCUGUCCAUAUUACAUGCGAAAAAGGAAAAGAGUUUGGACCACAAGCAAAAGUUGUAUUGAUUUGGGAGAUUGAUGGAAAAAAUGAAAAGGACCAUAAUGACAAGCAAUGUGAAUUUAAAAAAGAAAAUCUCUUGUACUUGACAAAGUAUAAAUUUAAGAUCUAUGUGUUUAAUGGAGAACAUGAUGGGCCAGCAGUAGUGGAGAGUAUAAAAACCAGAUAUAAUUCCAGAGCCUUGAUUAUAUUCUUGGCAUUCUUGAUCAUUGUGACUGUAAUUGCCUUACUACUGGUUCUGUACAAAAUCUAUGAUCUCCACAAAAAAAAGCUUAGCAAUUCUUCUGAAGGCGUGAACCUUGUUGCAGUUAAAGAUGAUGACAAACAACUUCUCAACAUAGAGCCAAUACCCUCGGAGCUAUUGCUGGACACUUACAAGAGGAAGAUUGCAGAUGAAGGAAGGCUCUUCUUGGAAGAAUUUCAGAGUAUUCCUAGAGUUUUCAGUAAAUUUUCCAUAAAGGAGGCCAAAAAGAGCCAUAAUCAGAACAAAAACCGUUACGUUGAUAUUCUUCCAUAUGACCAUAACCGUGUUGAGCUCUCAGAGAUGCCAGGAGAUCCAGGAUCAGACUAUAUAAAUGCAAGUUAUAUUGAUGGCUUCAAAGAACCAAGAAAAUACAUUGCUGCACAAGGUCCCAAGGAUGAAACCACAGAUGAUUUCUGGAGAAUGAUCUGGGAACAGAAGGCAACGAUUAUUGUCAUGGUGACUCGCUGUGAGGAAGGAAAGAGGAACAAAUGUGCCCAGUACUGGCCAUCAAUGGAGAACGGCACUGCAACGUAUGGGGACAUCAUUGUGAAGAUCUAUGAAAGUAAAACGUGUCCAGACUACGUCAUUCAGAAACUGCACAUCACAAACGGAAGAGAAAGGACAGCUGGAAGAGAUGUCACUCAUAUCCAGUUCACCAGCUGGCCAGACCAUGGGGUCCCUGAGGAUCCACAUCUCCUUCUCAAACUCCGACGCAGAGUCAACGCUCUCAGCAACUUCUUUAGUGGUCCAAUCGUGGUUCAUUGCAGCGCCGGCGUUGGGCGCACCGGGACGUACAUAGGGAUCGAUGCCAUGCUGGAGGGGCUGGACGCCGAGGGCAGAGUGGAUGUGUACGGCUACAUCGUCAAACUGCGCCGGCAGCGAUGCCUCAUGGUCCAAGUGGAGUCACAGUACAUCCUUAUUCAUCAAGCUCUGGUGGAAUACAAUCAGUAUGGAGAAACGGAGGUCAGUCUCUCAGAACUGCAUUCUUCCCUUAACAAUCUGAAAAGAAAAGACCACCCGAGUGAGCCUUCUCUGCUGGAGGCAGAGUUCCAGCGAUUGCCUUCCUAUAAGGGGUGGCGGACACAGAACACUGGGAAUCGGGAGGAAAAUAAAAGCAAAAACAGGAAUUCCAACAUAAUUCCUUAUGACUUUAACCGAGUGCCCAUCAGGCAUGAAGACGAUUGCAGUAAGGAUGGUGAGCAUGAUUCAGAUGACUCCUCGGAUGAGGACAGCGACUGUGAGGAAUCCAGCAAAUACGUCAAUGCUUCCUUCAUAACGGGUUACUGGGGUCCAAAAGCCAUGAUUGCAACACAGGGACCACUGCAGGAAACUAUCUCUGACUUCUGGCAAAUGGUAUUCCAAAGAAAAGUCAAAGUCGUGGUUAUGCUGACAGAAUUGAAGGAAGGAGAUCAGGAACUCAGUGCACAGUACUGGGGAGAAGGAAAACAGAUGUAUGAUGGCAUAGAAAUUCAAAUGGCAGAUGUCAGCUCUGGUCCUAGCUAUACCAUACGUGCAUUUGAUGUCACACAUCUGAAGACAAAAGAAACUCAGAAGGUGUAUCAGUAUCAGUACCAUAAGUGGAGUGGCUGUGAUGUUCCAGAAACCCCCAAGGAUUUAGUCAGCAUGAUUCUCAACAUUAAACAAAAGCUCCCAGCCAGAGCAGGCACUGAGGACAACAGGAGAACCCGCAGUGUCCCACUCCUUGUCCACUGCUGUGACGGAUCACAGCAGACUGGUGUAUUUUGUGCUUUAAUGACCCUUUUGGAAAGUGCAGAAACAGAAGAAGUAAUAGAUGUUUUCCAAGUGGUCAAAUCUCUUCGUCGCACCAGGCUGGGAAUGGUGUCCACCUUUGAACAAUACCAAUUUCUGUACGACACCAUUGCCAGUACCUACCCUGCACAGAAUGGACAAAUAAAGAAGAACAGCCAGCAGGAAGAUAAAGUUGAAUUUUGCAGUGAAGUAGGAAAAUCAGAUCAGGAAACUGAUUUGAUCACAGCUGAUCUUAGCUCACCACAGCCAGAGGAAACAGAGUCACCUCAAACAUGGGAUGAUUCUAAAGCUGCAGACAGCACUAAGGGAACAGAAAGCUCUACAAAUGGCCCCACAACUGCAGCUCUAACUUAAAGCUAGAUUUAAAAAAAGUGUUUUUUUACAUGCAAAAAUCUUAAGCAAAAUGAGAGGUAUAAGAUUUCUUCCUCUUCCCACCCCCUUUUUUUUUCUUUUUUUUUUUCUUUUUUUUUUUUUUAUGUUUGGUUAUUUCAGUUUUUGAAAGGUACAAAUUUAAAGGAAUACUUGAAACUUCUAGAGAGUAACAAAGAACUGUGGAAUUUUAAUGUCUGUGUAGAUUUGAAUUUAAUGCUUCUCCAGAAGCCUUCACUAUUUUUAUACUUUUCCUUUUAAAAACAUGUACAGUGUAAUACUAUGCUGAGGAUUGUAAAGCAAAAGUUUUUUUUUUCUGUAACAAGGAAAAAAGCAAUUCAGAACAAGAUUACUGAGUAGGAAGAACAGGUCUGUCCUCAAAACUACUAGCGAGUAAGUGAACAUAUUGGUAAGCAUAUAUUCUAGUAUUUAAGGACUAAUGAGAGCAUUAAUAAUACUUUUGGAACUUGUGGGACUUUGCCAAACAGUUUUAAGACCUUAUGAAUUACAUCAUGUGGGAAUUCCAAGGAAUUCAGACUUACAAAGGGUAUGUAAAUCCUCCCACGUCAAUGCAGAACAGAAAUUUUUGCAUUUUUCUAACUGUCCUCAAGGUGUCCUUAUUGCUCCACAUAUAUUAAUCUGAUACUCCUAUAGGAGUUUGGAGAUCAGCAUUUGAAUAAUUGCAACAGUUCUGCAAAACACACCCUGCUUACUCUUACAGCUUAAAAUACGCAGUACUUGCACAUCUACUUGAGAUGCUUACUUUUAUUUAAAGGACUACUUCCAUCAAUGCUCCCAACAUCUUCUCAGAACUGGAGAAUACUUUGAUAAUUUUCCUCAAAGCUUGUAGAUUUUAAUUGGUACAGGAUAUUUUUUUUCAUAAUGAUAUUUUGUAUGUUACAAUUUUGAUAUUUUUACUAUUUCUUGCUGGAUUUUAGCCUACUGUUUUCAGAACAAAUAAAAAAGGUAAUUAAUAGUUGA